AUGAACCGUGAGCACGAGCGCAUCCGUAAUGAACUGGAGCGAAUGUCGUCGGCAUUGCCGGCGGCAGCAGCAGCUACGGGGCGAGUUAAGGAUGCCCUCGAGCCCUCGCGCCUCAACCCGCGUCAAGCAUUAGACUCACGGGACUAUGACCGACAGAUAGCAGAUUAUGCACUCGAGUCCGCUGGCGCCCGAAUUUUGGACACUGGCGAUACCCAGGAAUACGUGAUCCAUGAUUCGUCAGUGGGCUGGGUACUCCAUAUUGUGAGUGCUUUGCUGUGCCGUGAAUGUCCCGGGGCCUCUGCAAUUCUUCGCCCUGGUGCACUACCUGGUGAAUGUUGGGCAUUUAAAGGCUCCCAUGGAGAAGUGACCAUACGACUGUUGGGAACGGUCCACGUUACUGGCGUCAGUGUUGAGCAUAUUCCGCCACAUAUUUCACCAACAAAAGAAAUCUCAUCCGCACCACGUUUAUUUCAACUAGAGGGUUUGGAAAGCCGUAAUGACCUCUACCCACAUGACUUCGGGACCUUUGAAUAUGACAAAGAAGGCAAGCCUAUACAAUAUUUUGAAGUAAAACAUCCUGCAGCCACAGGCUACAAUAUCGUGAGAUUUAAAGUAUAUUCCAACUGGGGGCAUCCUCUUUACACUUGCGUUUAUAGAGUUAGGGUACACGGCGAAUUAGCGUCAGGGCAGUUACCGCAAAAGUUGGUAAUCGAUGAAGAUAAAACGCCUUUACACUAA